GUAAUAUUUAAAGUGAAGUGAAAGUAUUGUCGCCUCAUAAAUAAAUUUUUCACUCUAAUGUAUAGUCAUCUCAUCCGUUUCUUUAAGGUGAAUUCCACUGAAUGACAUCAUCAGUGGCCAGACUGAGACGGUUUCUAUAGAAACGCGGAGCUGCGAGGCGGGGUUCGCACAUUCAGAGCCGGUCUCGCGCACCGUGAUGAUAAAUCGCGUGCUUGACAGCUUUUGUCCUCGCGCUUUAAACGCAACACCUGCAUAACGGAGUUAAAAGCCACUACGACAGAGGAAAUCAUGACAGAAAAAGGGAUCAUCGGAAAUGAUGAUGAAUAUGUGGGUGAGAUCAAAGGGGGUCUUCGGCCGUCUAUGAAGUUGAUAGUGAUGGGUAUUCUUCACAAGCGGCCCAAAAGCAUGGUAGUGUUAGUGUCAUGCCAGUCUAAGAUAGAGGAGGAUGAGGAAAUCGAGGGUGACGUGGGUUUGGAGCUGAAGGUUAACUUUGCCGAAAAGGCUGUACAUCGUAACGCUCGUCUGUCAGGGCAGUGGGGUGCUUCAGAGACCGCCUUGUCUUUCUUCCCCUUUGCUCCAGGAGAGGCUUUUAAGAUGGAGAUUGUGUGCGAGCACCAGCAGUUCCGUAUUCUAGUGGAUGGGCAGCCCUUGUGUGGUUUUGCUCACAGAUUUACUCAGCUAGCAUCUCUCACUGCUCUUAGAGUUUAUGGAGAUCUACAGCUUACCAAAGUGGCUUGAGCAGGACUGGAUGUGUCUGCUAUGAUGAAACAUUAUUUAUAGACACAAACUCACAGUUGAGGUUUUAGAAACCUCAGCAUAUUGUACACAGUUGUCUUAAAAGUUCGCCACCACGAGAACACCACGUUGGUUUUUAUUAAGAAUUAUCUGAAGUUCGAUCUGGGUUUAAUUUGGUAGUAAAAACAAACUUGUUCAAUAUAUGAAUUGAAAACUAAUAUGAACAUUUCAAAAACAUUUCAAUGCCAGACAGCAUAAAAGUCACAUGUAACAUGUUAAAUCCAAAUGAAUUCUCUCUUCUAAUUGACAUAUCCUGCAUAACUCUUCAUAAAAACUAACGGAGAGAUUUAAUUUUUUUUUUAGUUAAAUCCAAACAAUAAGCUCUUACAUUUUAAUAUUGAAUCUUUUUUAAAAAGUAAAUGAUGUACUUCCUAAAUGUUUUGGUUUGCUGUAGAUGUGGUUAGUGGCUCUUUGAUACAGCAGCAAAAGUGCCUUUAUUUGUUCAUUUAGAUGCACUUUUAGGUGUUUGUAGUUGCAAUGGAUGUAACUUUAUUUUUAGCAUGUCCUGCAAUUAUAUUGAUUUGAAGAAAACUGACUUAAAGUCCUUUUGAAGCCUUGA